AUGUCCGUCCCGCUGCUCUACAGCGCUAUGUGCGACCAACUCCAUAUUCCUCUUAACCCUUACAUUUUAGAAGUAUUAACCGAUUCAGCGACAACAGAUGUCAAACUGACGGGGAACGAUCGUCUUAAACGGGUGCAAAAACUAAGCGACGACGAUGUACUUGUCCUCUCGCGCUGUUUCCUCAACACGGGAACGACAGGUCUUGACCUAAGGUACAAUGAUAUCUCUGACGUGGGAGCCCGACACCUCGCUGACCUCAUACAAGAGGUGACUUCCACCCUGCGUUUUGUGGACCUCAUGGGUAACAACAUACUCACUGAUGGAGCUGAGACAGUCGCCAAAAGCCUGCAUAACAACCAGUGUCUCCUCUCUGUCAGACUGACAGGGAACAAGAUUGGGAACAGAGGAGGAAUGUGUUUUGCCAGCAUGCUCCAGAUCAACCACACUCUGCAGGAGUUAGAUCUUGCCGACUGCGACCUGGGUACUCAGUGUGUUAUAGCCUUCGCCAUCGUGCUGAAAAGCAACACCAGCCUUCUCUCUCUGAACAUCUCCAGACCCUUACUCUUCAGUCGACAGGACGAGACGGCGGUGCACCUGUCAGCCAUGUUGAGGCUGAACCAGACUCUGCGGGAGCUCCACCUGGGGAAGAUGGCCUUCACCGACUCUGGGAUGGAGAGACUGGCCGAGGGCCUGAGAGCCAAUCACAGCCUGCGAUACCUGGACCUGCGCUGUAACCAAUUGUCUCGCGACGGGGCACAAACUCUGUCGGGGGUUCUGAAGAGCAACAGCGCACUGCAGAUCCUGGACCUGUCGUCCAAUCGGAUCGAAGACGAGGGCGCAGCGAGCCUCAGCGAGGCCAUUGAGUCCCCCGCCUGUGGCCUCAAGGCGCUCUCUGUAACCAGUAACAACAUAGAAAGCCCAGGUCUUCUGGCUUUGGCGCAGGCUAUGAAGGCCAGCAAUACGCUAACCCACGUCUACAUCUGGGGGAACAAUCUGCAUGAGCCCGUCUGUCAGGCGUUCAGCGAGCUGAUGGCGUGUGGCCGGCUGGCCCCGGGUCACACGGACGUGAGCCCAUACGAGGUGGACGGCCGCGUGAGCCUGGCCGAGGUCUUCCACGGCCUGAGGCGACACUACUACUGGACGCCCAGCGAUGGGGCCGACGGCGGCCCCUCCACCAACGCUGCCCUGGCCCUCACCGCACUCACACCCUGACACACCCCCACUACGCCCCCAAUACCCGGGUAUGAUGGGAGGCCUCCA